CCAUAUGUAGAUUUGGCCUUUACCCGAUAGCUUCAAAAGCCGAAUCCGAUGCCCGAGGAGCCACCGCACUCUGGCGGCCCCGCCGGCGACGGCGGUACCGGGCUAGUCAUGGCGAACAACGAGACCGUCCGAUCCUUUCUCCUGUCCGCUGCGGAGGACCGGCAGCACCUCACCGACGAGCUACGGGAACUGGCUUCGUCUCUCUCCUCCCGGAGCUCGGUCCCUUAUAGAUCCCUCAGGAGCAUCUGGUCCGCCCUCCCCCCGGACGGCCGUCCCGCCCUCCGCCGUCUCUUCGCCGGCGUUGAAUUCGUCUUCUCCCGACCCAAACGCCGGGAAAAGAGCGAGGAGUUGAAGGCGAGACUGAGAAAGCUUGCGGAACUGGCAGAGAGGAGAGAGUACGAGGAGCUUGUGAAGGACAUCGCGCCGAAGAAGAAGACCGUGGAGCCCUUCUCUUCUUACAAAGAUCAAAUAGGUUUUGGUCUGCAUGUUGUGCUGAUAAUGUUUACGGGGUAUUUGGUUGGAUUUGCUGCUUUCAGAGCCCUGUUCAAUCAUAGUUCUGUGAUGAAUACUGCUGGAGGCAUCUUUGGAUUGGUCUGUGGUAUGCUACUUGAAACAGUUCUCUUUAUAAUUAGAACUUCAAAUCAAGAAAUGGUCUCUUCCAGGUCAGCAUCUAAUCUGAAAAAACAUCUGUAGUCCUGUGGUUGCACUGAAACGGGGAAUCUGGUGGCUGUUCUUGUUUUCUUACAUACGCUUGUCAAAUUGUUAGAUUGUUUUCUUGUAUAUUUUAAGGAGAGAUCCUCAAACCGUUGUUUUUGAUGUCUGCUGUAGUUGAGAAUUACAUAAUGUAUGAUACAAAAAGAAAACCUUUUCAACCAAAAAAUAUCAAGCUCCAGCAGUUCUUUGAUUAUCAUAAGUUGAA